AUGACAACACCGCAUUUUUGUGAUCGUUGUGGAGCAUGUGGUAAAAGUUUUGGUCGAACAGAACCACGUACAAUAUUUAGUAAUAAAACUUAUCAUCAAAAUUGUCUUAAAUGUGCUAAAUGUCGAAGUCCAUUAAGUGGUAAUUUUUAUCCAACAUUAGAAGGUUUUACAUGUGAACAAUGUCAUAAGCGUGUAUCAACACGUUGUAAACGUUGUGGAAAUACAAUUGAAGCAGGUGUAAGAUACAAAUUAUACAAAGGACAAGAAUAUCAUCCAGAAUGUUUUUGUUGUUGGUCAUGUAAUUCACAAAUAAAUGAAGGUGAACAAUUUUUUGAAUUACGAGGUUAUCCACAAUGUAUAAAAUGUCAUUCAGAAGGUAAACAAGAAUUUUCGGAUUAUAAACCAGUUGAACUUCAUCAAUGUGCUAAAUGUCAAAAAUCAAUUGAAAAAACACAAUCAUUUUCAUAUUAUGAAGAUAAUCCUUAUCAUAAUGAAUGUUUUACAUGUAAUCGUUGUGGACUCAAUUUAGUUAAUAAGCCAUGUCAUCGUCUUGGUUCAGCCAUUGUUUGUCCAAGUUGCAAUUAA